CCCGUGUGACCGGUAAAGUCAGUUCAAACCGAACAACACGCUGCCUCCACGCACACUGUUCAGGAGACGUUCACGUGUGCAGCAGGCAGAAGCGCGCGCGCACUGACAGCCUCUCUGAAGAGACAACAGCAACAAAAAACCUUCACAAGUAUGAAGACAUGUUGCGUCACUUUACAACUUCCCACGAUUGAGGGUGACACUUUUUUCCAGUGUCGUUUCAAUCUGCGCUGAGACGCCGACCGCAAUCCGCUGAGCGCGCGCGCGCGCACUGGAUGCUUUUUUGGCCCGAACAGGUGGCGCGAGCUCCGGUUCCCCUUAAUUCGUUAUUAAGGGCAAGACGCAGGCACGUUAAGCAUUUAAUACCCGUCUUCAAGGUUGGAGACGUGCGAGCUGCGUAAAACCCUCCACCCGCCCCAUCCGUGUUAAAAGACGGACCGCUGGACGAAGGGUCGCUGUGAUGCCAGUUGCAGACACCGACAUGGUGGUCGACAACAGCCACGGGUUAUAUGAGGGUAACGACCCAAACAGUGCCGGGAAUGAAGGCAUGCUUCCGGCGUCGAUGUACAGCCCGGCGGCGGACAUCCUCAAGAACUUUUACCACACCAAACGGGUCGGGAACUAUCUGAUCGGGAGGAAGCUGGGAGAAGGAUCGUUCGCCAAAGUUAGAGAAGGUCUCCAUGCGAUGACCGGGGAGAAGGUGGCGGUGAAGGUAAUCGACAAGCGGAAGGCCAAGAAGGACUCGUACGUGACCAAGAACCUGCGGAGGGAGGGCCACAUCCAGCAGAUGAUCCGCCACCCAAACAUCACGCAGCUGCUGGACAUCCUGGAGACGGAGAACAGCUACUACCUGGUGAUGGAGCUGUGUCCCGGCGGGAACCUCAUGAACAGCAUCUACGACAAGAAGCGCCUGGACGAGCGGGAGACUCAGAAAUACAUCCGGCAGCUGGUGCUGGCCGUGGAGCACCUGCACAGGGCGGGAGUGGUGCACAGGGAUCUGAAGAUAGAAAACCUCCUGUUGGAUGAGCAGGACAACAUCAAGCUCAUCGAUUUUGGCCUCAGUAACUGCGCCGGCAUCCUAGGAUACUCGGACCCCUUCAGCACCCAGUGUGGAAGUCCCGCCUACGCCGCCCCGGAGCUGCUCUCCAGGAAGAAGUACGGGCCAAAGGUGGAUGUCUGGUCCAUCGGCGUCAACAUGUACGCGAUGUUGACCGGGACGCUUCCGUUCACUGUGGAGCCCUUCAGUCUCCGAGCCCUCCACCAGAAGAUGGUGGACAAGGAGAUGAACCCUCUGCCUCCCUCACUCUCCACAGCUGCUAUCUGUCUCCUGAAGAAGCUUCUCGAGCCAGAUCCCAACAAGCGUCCCAAUAUCCAUCAAGUCAUGGCGGAUUCCUGGCUGCAGCUGGCCAACAAGAACACGGGGGCCCCGUACCUCAACAGGAUCCACAUCGAGGAAAUAAACCACACGGUGUUGCUGCACAUGACGGAGAAGAUGUCCUACAAGCACAGCGAAGUGCUGAGCGCCGUCCUCACCAACCGCGCCUGCCACACUCUGGCCGUCUACUUCCUCCUCAACAAGAAAAUGAAGAGACUCUCCAAGGAGUACAGGGAGAUGCAGUUCCAAGAAAAAAAGAAGGGAGAAAAGCAGAAAAGCGAAUACUUCCAGACCCAGUGGAGGAAGCACGUCGACAAGCUCACCAUCCCCCCGAAGCAGACCCCCGUCUACCUGGCUGUGGCCAAGGGGCCCAGCAAGGAGAAGAAACACAGAACAGGACUUUUGAGGGCCAUAACUGGUGGCCACCGGAACUCCCCUCUGGCGCCGCCCGGCACCGUCGCCUCCUCUUCCAUGGAAUACCUAGAGAUCCAACCUCUCUUUUCCAACACCCCGAAGCAACGGAGGCGCUUGGCCACCCUGCCCCAAGUCAACACGAGCCCCGAGCACAACAUGCCGGCCCCGCCGGCGCCGUCGCCCAUCGGCAUGCACUCCUUCGGCUCCCUCUCCAAAGCUGAGCAAAUCGACGAGUCGCCCGCCUCUCCCUGGUACAAGCUGACCAACGGCACCCUGUCCCCGCCGCGCCACGUCUCCGCCUUCCAGCCCGACUCCUCGUACCUCAAGAAGGCCACAAUCCCCAGUCCCCCCGUGCUCAUUGUCAACCCACAGCCCAAGAAGAGUGUGUCGUCGGAUUGGGGCGGUUCCUCCGACACCAGCGGGAGCCCACCCAGCACGAUAGGGAGCCCUCCCGGCGGCUCGGCUUUCAGCCCCCCAAAGUCAGCCUUCAGCGCCCUUAACCCCACCUCGGCCUUCAGCCCACCAUCCGGCGGCAGCGACCCCGACAGCCCGACGCACCGCGGCAAGUUCCCGUCGAUGGGAAUCGGACAGCUCCUGAAGAAGAAGGUCCAGCUGCAGCCGUUCUCCUUCCGGCCAGAACAGGUGCUCGAGGAGGUGGUGUCCCCGCCGCCGUAUCCCAUGCAGACUCUCCUCUGUGCUUCCGGCGCACUGAAGACCCUCUGCUGAGGGAGACGCGGCGGGGAAGAAGAAAGAUAGAACUGAACCCAAGGCCCCCACUCAACGUUUUGUUUAAGUUGAAGAGGUCUUCCAGAGCGGCCUUUUGAACUGUUCCUUUGUUGCGACUGAGCCAUUUUUUUUUUCGAGACCGACCCGAUCAUUUAAUGAAAGAAUUUAAAAAGUGGUGACGCUGAGUAGAUGAGAUUUGAAAAUCCUCGCUGUGGCCUAGAGACAGAGUUGUUAUGUAAUACACAUACACACAAAACACUGUAUUAUAAACUUAGUUAAGAGGUAUUCUCUGAUGUAAUAUUGCUGUAACUGGUUACUUACUGAGGCGCAUACUGAUUCCCACCAGCUAACAGAUCCCAACUCUUACCCUAACCCUGAUUAAAUGUAUAAAUGUUUUGUCUCUGUGAAAACACUCUCUGAGAUACCUGCUGACUUCUAGCCCGCUGGCACUGUAUCAAUGCACUAUUCUUUAAAACCUGUAGUAACAACGGUGUUCAACAUCUUUUACCUCACUGCAUCGUUCAUACGUCAGCAUUUAGGUGCAGCAGACGGCGACUCGGUUGCGUGGAUUUAGCCACAGCGCCGCAGCCGCCGGGCGUUUACUGCCGUCGGUUUUCAAGGUAUCCCAAGCAGAGUCACGCUCUCGCUUUUUAUAGCAUUUUUUUAUGAAUCAUGAACAUGAAUGAUAAUAAGUAACAGCUGUAGCUUUUUACGUACAAGAGUUGCACCUCGAACCAGGGGGAUGUGUCAACGGUUUCCGUUUUGACUUCCUCCCAGCCUGUUCAAAGGCAGUUUUUGGAAAAAAAAGAAAAGAUGAAGAAAAAAAAAAGAGCAUCAAAAGCCUUAUGAAACUUAUGAACCUCGCAGAAGGCAAGGUGGGAUUAUCACGUGACAUCUAUGAAAAUAAUUCACUUCCUUUGUCUUAAUGCUGUAGUGUGCAAUAGUCUUAAGUGUUAACUGCAAUGACGAGUAUUUGCCAAGAGCUCGCUGAGAGUGAUUUAAGAACCGUGCUUGUAAAUAAUAGUUAUCUGCUUUCUGUCACUUCUUCCGUUCUAUACGAAUGGAUUGUAAAAUGUUUGUCGAACUUCAGAAAAAGAAAAAAAAAAAGAUUUUCCUGGAAACGCGAGGCUUCU